AUGACUGGCUAUUUUGGCUGUCUGGACAUGACUGUGCAGAAGGUUUUCACGGUGUUUGAAAUCUUUAGAGGCUCCAGUUUCACAAAGUACUACCUCAACAGCCCUCUCCAGUCAAGGCUCUCUGCCACCUGCUAUGCCACUGUCUAUGUUCGUGAAGUCAGUUUCUCUGCGGAGGCUGAGGCGUUGGCAUACACAUACCUACCUCUCUCCUCUGACUGUGCUCCCACACUUCCCCUCUCACUCUCCCUCUCUCUGCUGCCUCUGGAUGGAGAAGGAGUGGUCCUAGCAGCCAGUGACCAGGAGAGUAGUGUGCUGGUGGUACUGGAGUCUGGCCAAAUCAGAGUCACAGUCUCCACUGGAACUGAUUCUAUCUCCCUUUCCUCUCAAGAACAACUAGAGCUGGGAAUUUGGCACUACAUCCAUGUCAGCCUCACAUCUUUCCCGUCUCAGGAGCUUCAGCUCUUUGUGAACGGCAUUCUCCACCAUGCAAUUCCUCUCUCACUGACAAGCUUCUCUCUCGACUUGCCAACCUCAGCCCCAGUGGGUGUGGCUGACCCCACACCAGUACUGUUCCUGGGCCAAGUCACACAAGACUUUAAUCGGAGCAGCAACCUCCCUUCAUUCACUGGCUGUAUGAGGGACCUAACCAUUGACCUCUGCCCCGUCAGUUUUCAGUCGCGGUCGCUAGUGGACUCCUACCCCCCGGGGGUGACCUACCACUCCUGCCCAUCAGCACCUAGAGCAGUACCGGAAUUGCCGGUCCAGCCUGAGCCUCCUCAACAGAGGGUGUGUCUGGAGGCAGAACCAGUUGAACUACGCUCCACCCAUGGAGGAUUUAGCCGUGACACAAGUUUGGAAACCAGCAGUGUAGCAGGCCUCUUUGGCAGGCAAGCACCCUCCUAUACUCAUCGGAGGGCAGGUCACGUGGUAACAGUGAGAAGUGUCUCUGGAGCCACAGUCAAGGUGGAGGUGGUGGAGGAAGGGAGACUAGCUCUCACUCUCAUCUCUGAUAGUGGAACAACAGCAUCCUCUACUACUAGUCCUCUUCCCCAUGAUAUCUUCACUCCAUUGACGGUUAGCUGUUCAGUGGUCCCCCCUGCCAUCCUUUGCAACCUAACAGUGGCUGGUCUGCCUCUCUCAGUGGCAGCUGAGGCUUCAUUCACUAGCUCUGUGUUUGACCCCGCAAUUCCCAUCAGUCUUGGAAUGACACAAGACAACCUGGGAAACUCAGUAGAAGGGUUUGAGGGUUGCAUCAGUGAUCUCGCAAUCAAUGGAGACAUGACUGGGUUCCAAGGAGUGGUGACUGACAUUCCUUGUUACAAUCAGACAGUGCCUGGACUGGGGUUCACAGGCAUCUCCAGAAUCAAACUCUCACUGCCGUCACCGGAGGAGGCAGGAGGAGACGUGAGGGUGGCUCUAACAGUGAGACCUCUGCUGGAGACGGGAGUCGUUCUGGUGCUGACAUCGCCUCUUGCUCCCCAGCCAGUGCUUAUAGUGGGACUGGUACAAGGAGAGGUGAGGGCCUCACUUGCAGACGUUCAUGAUUCAAUAGCAAACAAGAAUUUCACGAACAACAGAGUAAUGACUGUUACCCUAUAUCUUUUCCAGCUGCGAGUGUCUCGGCCAUCUGGCGAGUAUCUGACACUAGCCGAGGGACUGUGUGACCCAACCAAUGAAAUGGUGUUUGAGCUCUCUGUGAGCUACACAGCCGUCCAGCUCUCAGUGGCUCUCAGUGGUGGUGCUCCUGCUAACUACCCUCCUCCUCCCUCCCUGACUCAGUUUGGGGAGCUGGUGCUCACCAUUGGCAAUUUACCAGAUACGCUACCAACUGAAGCAGAUGUGUCUCUGCUGUUGGGCAGUGACAUGCUGCCAGCAGCCCAGCCUGCAGGCUUGGUUGGCUGCGUCCUGUCUCACUCAGUGCAGAGCCAGCCCCUCAAUCUAGCCUCUGUGACUCACGCAAACAUUGUCAAUGGCUUCUGUGUCGAUAACUAGAAUUCCUCUGUUGUCAAUAGCUUAACCAGC